UUGACAGCCGUUGGCGGCGUGCGCCCCUGGUGGGCGGGGUUGCUUCAGGGGUUAGUGUCAGCCUAGGCCGGCCCAGGAGGAGCCCCUGGUUCAGCCUUCGGGCUCCGCCCCCAGCUCCUAGACUCAAGCGCUCUCCCCCAACCCCACGCAGUUGCCGCUGUCUGGACUGGUCAGGCCAGGAUCAACCCGCUGAGCUUGAAACUGAAUGGACCAUGAGGGUCAAGGUUAUCUCAGUCCUGGAAGACAACUACAUGUAUUUGGUCAUUGAAGAGAAUACCAGAGAAGCCAUUGUAGUAGAUGCAACGGUUCCCAAAAGGUUGCUGGAAAUUGUCAAGAAGGAGGAAGUGAAGCUGACUACCAUCUUGACCACUCAUCAUCACUGGGAUCAUUCCAGGGGCAAUGAGGAGCUGGUGCAGCUGUGUCCAGGGCUUCGGGUGUAUGGUGCUGAUGAGCGCAUUGGUGCCUUGACACACAAGUUGACUCACAACCAGGAACUCAAGUUUGGAGCCAUCUGUGUGCGGUGCUUGCUCACACCUGGCCACACCUUGGGCCACAUGUGUUACUUCAUGUGGGAAGACAACUGUCCAGAUGCUCCAGCUGUGUUCUCAGGCGAUGCCUUGUUCAUCGGUGGUUGUGGUCGACUCCUGGAGGGGACAGCGGAACAAAUGUACCGGAGCCUCAAUGAAACACUGGGGACUCUGCCCAAGGAAACUAAAGUCUUCUGUGGGCAUGAGUAUACUGUCAGGAACCUCAAGUUUGCUUUGAAGGUGGAGCCUGAUAAUGAAACCGUGAAAACAAAGUUGGCUUGGGCCAGAGCUAGAGAUGAUGACGACAUACCCACAGUGCCUUCGACCCUAGGAGAGGAGUUUCACUAUAACCCCUUCCUGAGAGUAGAGAACUGAGAUUCAUUAGUAAAUGCUUCAGUGUGUUCAGCAUCAUGUCCUGCUGGUCGCUACUAGGAGAGCUACCUGUAGCGACCUCAUCAGGGAACCAAAGCAGCCUCAACGAUAGGCCAAGCCCAGUGGCUCUGACCCCAGCAGCCAAAUACCCCCACCAAAGUGAAGGGCCCUGUCCUCUUCCCUGCAAGGAAAAGCAGUCCUUGGGCUGUUUGUAUUUGUGCUUCAGCUGAGCUACAGGAUGUGUCUCAGAGCUACAGAAAGUUAAAAGGCCAAAGUCAAAGAAGAAUGGUCACUGACUUAAAGUGAAAUCAAGCCGGUGUGACUUUAUCAGAGCCACUUUACCUGAGCCAACCUUAUAUGUUCACUGCCAAAAGAUUUGGAGGCAGAAAGUGGCCUGUCACCAACUUGUAGCAAAAGAGGUCACCAAUGCUGAAACCACAAUUGUGUCACAAGUGUCGCUCCAUUGUCCACAUUGGUGCCUCUGGCCCAGGAGAUCUUUGGCUGAGCUAGGUGAGAGCUGGCCUUGGAACAGGAUGUGUGUCAAUAUCUGUAUGUUUGACUGGGCUCCAAAGUCAAAUACAACUGAUAUACCUGGAACUUACUGUGCUCAGAGCUGAAGAAAUGCUUGUUGGUUGAUUUAUUUGGGGGUUAUUUGUAGUUUGAUAUUAACCAUUAUUUCAGUGGGUCUGUGUUCUCAUCUGGAUGCUCAAUGCAAUGGUGCAGAUGGCAGCCCAUUCAUGCCUGCUUAUCUAUGUGAUCCCUUAAAUCUAUGAUAAAAUAAUGGGACUUGGCAAAGCCCAGGAGCCCCACCUGAAGACUGAUUUGGAAUUGAUUAAAUUGGGUGAGACUGAGAACCUAGUUAAGGAUGAUUAAAUCAGGACCACA